AAUCUUCAAAAUUUAUUCAAUUUUCAUGGUUACUCAACAAAAUAAACAAAACCCUAUGCAAUAAAGAGUGAAUAGUUUACCAAAAUGGAAGCAAGGGUUGGUGUUGUUGUUGAAGGAGGACAAAGGGCUCUGAAUUCGGCUGCUGUUCAUGGAAGUGUAGUUGAUGCAGCUGGUGCUAGAAAAUUUCUUCAACACCAUAAUACGGCCAAUCAUAACAAUAAUAAUAACAAACAGCAGCAGUCUUUUAAUAGCCAGCAAGCUCAGAUUGGUACAGUUCAGCAGUUACUUGCUGGUGGAAUUGCUGGUGCUUUUAGUAAAACAUGCACUGCUCCACUUGCCAGGCUUACCAUUCUCUUUCAGGUUCAAGGAAUGCAUUCUGAUGUUAAAUCAUUGGCGAAUACAAGCUUAUGGCGUGAGGCUUCUCGAGUAAUUCAUGAAGAGGGGUUUAGAGCAUUUUGGAAAGGGAAUUUGGUUACCAUUGCUCACCGCAUUCCUUAUUCUUCGGUUAACUUCUAUGCUUAUGAACAAUACAAAAGCAUGUUACAGUCAGUUUUAGGCCUGGAAAAACAGGGGGGUAGUGCAGCCUCAAAUCUUGCUGUGCACUUUGUCGGUGGUGGGUUGGCCGGAAUAACGGCUGCUUCUGUUACGUAUCCACUGGAUCUAGUGAGGACGCGCCUUGCUGCGCAGAGGAACACUAUAUACUACAGAGGUAUUUGGCAUACAUUUAGUACUAUUUGCAAAGAAGAAGGAAUGUUGGGCUUGUAUAGAGGACUUGGAGCAACAUUAUUGGGUAUUGGUCCAAGUAUAGCAAUAAGCUUUUCGGUUUAUGAGUCUCUCAGAUCAUCGUGGCAAUUACAAAGGCCGGCGGAUUCUACUAUUGCAGUUAGUCUUGCUUGUGGUAGUCUUUCAGGCAUUGCGUCAUCCACAGCUACAUUUCCGUUGGAUCUUGUGAGGAGAAGAAUGCAGUUAGAAGGGGCAGGUGGUCGAGCACGUGUAUACACUACUGGCUUGUUUGGGGCAUUUGGGCAGAUAGUACGCACUGAAGGUCUGCGAGGCUUGUAUAGAGGGAUUCUGCCUGAAUACUACAAAGUAAUCCCUAGUGUUGGCAUCGUCUUCAUGACAUACGAGACACUAAAGAUGCUUCUAUCUAGUAGCUCAACCAGCGAGUAAAAUUAUGUAUCUAUGUUUCACAUCUUAUUUCAAAUGGCGUCCGCGAGCAUCAUCUAUUUGGACAUACGAAAUGAAGGGGAAGCCGGAGAAACAGCAAGAGGAAUGUUUUUGUUGGAGGAUGAGAUUUGCGGGCGUUACGAACUUUGGGGUAUGACAAAUUUUAUGGUGAACUUUGCUGUUAGAUGCAAUGUCACCAAAAUUUUGGAUGUAUAGAUAUAUAUUGAGAGUUUAGUAAAUGGAAUUCCAGUAUCAUUUUAGGUGUUUAACAUCUAGAUAGCUAACAUUCAUUGAUGAACAGUUUUGCUGUGACAGCGGUUUUUAUUACUUGCAUCUACUAAGCCGGACUCUGUUAGUGACGGAAUUUUGUUGAGUUCUGAACGUGAUUUGUAACUUGUAGGUAUAUUAGUUGAUGUAAUAAUUAUAUUAAUACUAGUCGUAUAUCUGCUC